AUGCGUGCCAAACGGAGCAAGAAAUAUCGCAAGAUAAUGUCCAACUACGCCAUGACAUUUUCGUUCCGCGAGCCCUACCAGGUCCUCCUCGACUCGAACUUCCUUCGCACAUGCCACACUUUCCACAUGCCUCUACAAAAGUACCUGAACAACACCCUCCACGGCGAGAGCAAACUCUUCAUUACACGCUGUACGCUCGCGAAGAUCAUGGCCGACUUUGAACGCACCCGACCCGAAGGCUCCCGGCAAAAGAGACCCGAUUUCCUCCCUCCGCCUACCGAGGUCCCCUUGCGGUACUGCAAACACAAGAACAACGAGGGCGAAGACCUCGGGGAGGUCGACGAGGCACGGUGUCUGCUAGACUUACUCGCGGGGCAGCCGCACGGCAAUGAGCAACCCAAGAACAAGCAGCAUUACAUCCUUGCGACCGCGGACGUGGACGACAAGGACCGGCGAAGAAAGGGCUUCAUAGACGUCCGGGAGCGCGCGCGCAUGAUCCCCGGCGUGCCCAUCGUGUACGUGAAGCGGAGCGUGAUGAUCCUCGAAGAGCUGAGCGGGACGAGCGAGGGGGUGAAACGACGAGGGGAGAAAGAGAAGUUUGCAGAGGGCCUUGUUGGUCUAGACAGGAAGAGAAAGCGCGGUGGCGGGGAGGACAGCGAGGAUGAGUUGGAUGAGCUCGCGCAGCAGCUGGAGAAUGAAAGUGCGGGCGUGAAGUCUCGAGGCGCGAAGAGAGCCAAGGGUCCAAACCCACUGAGUGUGAAAAAGAAGAAAACCAAGACAACAUUGGAGCGGUCAGGAAACGAUGGCCAUGAAGAAGGAGGAGGCCAGACUAAGAGGCGGAGGAGGAAGCAUGGCGGGAAAAAGGACCAGGAAGGACAUGAAGAACCCGACGGGAAGACCGUUGAGACGUCGGAGGCAUGA